GUAGGGUUAUCGUUCAGGGGAUCAUCGGCAGCACGGUCAGCGGAGGUUGUUUAUCUAAUUUUAAGUAGUGCCAUGGUCAUUUACGUACCCUAACACCUGUGCUGCGGCCACCCAAUGAGCAGCGUAGUGAGCUGGCUGCGAAGUGCCACCAAGACUGCGUUCAGCAAAAAAUACCUGCUACUCACGAAUGUGGCCAUAUCGAUCAGUCUGUCCGGCGUUGGUGAUAUAAUCGAGCAGCACUAUGAAAUCUACACGGACCAACAGGACCGCUGGGAUCGCCAGCGCACACGCCACAUGUCGAUUUCGGGUAUGACGGUCGGUGUGUUCUGCCACAACUGGUACAACUUUAUGGACCGUCGAUUCCCGGGCCGCAGCUUGGGGCUCGUACUGAAAAAGGUGCUGAUCGACCAGACCGUCGCCUCACCGAUUGUGAUAUUUCUUUUCUUCGCCACACUCGGCGUGCUGCGGCGCUCUUCCUUGGACGGGAUGUGCCACGAGAUGCGCGAAAAGUUUCUACGCCUGUACACCGCAGAGUGGGUGGUGUGGCCACCGGCGCAGAUUGUGAACUUUUACCUUCUACCGACCAAGUACCGUGUGCUGUACGAUAAUACCAUUUCACUUGGGUAUGACGUGUACACAAGCUACGUUAUCAACGAUGAGAGUUCAAAGGACGACUCGGAAGAACACGACUAGUCAACGGCUUGCCUCCACUUUUUAAAGGAAACAAUAAUGUAAAGUAAGCAAUAAAAUAUACGGUGGU